AUGGAGGAAUUUCUUCUUCUCAAUCCAUUUCUGUGUUUCCUCACCGCCGCAUCACUCUUGGCGUGGUUCGUCCUCCAAUGGCGUCGUAUAAACCAGCAUCAGGGGCUGCAGCCUCCAUCGCCGCCGAGGCUGCCAAUCUUGGGGAAUCUUCACCAGCUAAGCCCGCUGACCCACCGCUCAUUCCACGCAUUGGGCGCCAAGUACGGCCCGAUCAUGCUGCUCCACUUAGGCCGCCUGCCGGUGAUCAUUGUCCAGUCCUCCGCCGCGGCUGCCGAGAUCAUGAAAACCCACGAUCUCGUCUUCGCAGACAAGCCGGGGUCGGGGACUAUGAGGAAACUGUUCUACAACCACAAGGACAUAUCCGUCGCCCCUUAUGGUGAAUACUGGCGGAAAUUGAAAAGCAUUUGUAUUCUUCAGCUGCUGAGCUGCAAAAGGGUGCAGUCUUUCCAUUUCAUCAGAGAGGAAGAAAUUGCCCUUUUGGUUGAGAAGAUCAAAGCCUGCUGCAGAUCCAGCUCACCAGUCAAUUUGAGUGAGCUGUUUACGUCGUUCACUUACGAUGUGAUCUGCAGAGCAUCCUGCGGAAGGAAGUACAGCGAAGGGGAAGAUGGCUGGAGGUUUCCAAGGCUGCUAACACAAGUUAUGGAGCUUGUGGGGAGUAUGAAUGUCGGGGAGUAUGUUCCUUGGCUGUGGUGGAUUGAUAGUAUUACAGGAUUCAACAGGAGAGUCAACAGGGUUGCUAAGGAAGUGGAUGAGUUCUUGGAGAUGGUAAUUCAAGACCACCUGAAUUCAAGAAGAUUGGAAAUUGGUGAGUCUGGACAUGGAAAUCAUGAAGACAGCUUUGUCGGCAUUUUGCACAACAUUUACGCGGAUAACAUCAUCGACAGAGACGGCAUAAAGGCCAUUAUCCUGGAUAUGUUUGCCGGGGGCACUGAGACUGCGGCUGCAGCGCUGGAAUGGACGAUGACAGAACUCCUCAGACACCCGAAUGUGAUGAACAAAUUGAAAUGUGAAGUGAGAGCAAUCCUGAAAGACAAGAAUCACACCAUAAGUAUAACCAACGAUGACUUGGAACAAAUGCAUUACCUGAGAGCAGUGGUGAAGGAAACUCUGCGCAUUCAUCCUCCCAUUGCUUUUAUGAGCAGAUUAGCGCGGCAAGAUGUCAAGGUUAUGGGAUAUGACAUUCCUGCCGGCACCAUGGUGAUUCUCAAUGCUUGGGCAGUCGGUAGAGAUCCUGCAUCUUGGGAUGAACCCGACACAUUCAAACCUGAGAGAUUCGUCGGCAGCUCAAUAGACUUCAAGGGUGUAGAUUUUGAGCUGAUUCCAUUUGGAGCAGGAAGAAGAGGCUGCCCAGGAAUUGGAUUUGCCAUGGCAAACAUCGAACUCGUGUUAGCUAAUCUUAUAAACAAGUUUGAAUGGGAAUUACCAAACUUGGAGGGGUUGGACACUACAGAACAGCCUGGUGUCACUACCCACAGGAAGAAUCCUCUUUUUGCUGUUGCAACUGAACUGAGGCUCAAUUCCAGAAAGAUUGAGAUAGCUUGAUUAUAAUGAUGAAAUGCAAUAUAUACAAAUAUUCAGUUGCUUCUACUAUCCAUUAAUGUCAAGAAAGAUAAUCC